UCAAAACAUUUCGCAGACCUUGGCACUCAACAUUGUUUUAUCCAUAUAGUUUUUUUUUUUAUUAGUUCGCGAGUGCAGUUUUCCACCCAAACCUAAAGAAAAAGCUCCGGAAAAGUUUUUUGGUGCGUGGGUGUCGCCCCUUUCUAUCUUUCCACCCUUUUGCGAAGAGGUCUCCAAUUCAAUUGCAUGACGAAACAGCCGCGGAACAGUUGCCUCGCUCUUUGAUUAGCUGAAAGCGGGAAAAAUCCAUAAAUUGAUUGAGGAAAAAACGGGAAAACUCCAAUAAAAUGCUGCUGCCGACGGUCAGCGGUUCGUCCGCCGCAGGAUGCAAAUGGAAAAACUGUUGUCGCCGCAGCUGGGAAAUGCUGAUGGCACCCGUAUCGCCCAAGAACCUCAGGACCACGGCCCUGCUGACCAGUAUCUAUCAAUUGUUGAUCUCGCACUGCGCCCUGUUCCUGGUUCUAUUGGGAUUGGCUCAUGCCGAACAGAUGUGCCAGGUCCUGGAGCUAGACAUCCUGGACCAGAAGGACAAUGGUUUCUACAACAUGUCGCCCUUCCACAACGAUCUUCGCCUGCAAACGGCCGCCCAAUUGGCGGCUGCCACGGAGAACCUACUAUAUGUAAUGGCUGGAGUGGCUGGAACUUAUGCCCUGAGUGCCAUAUGCCUUUUCUUCGGGGUCUACAAGAACAAACCGGGCCUAAUCAUUCCCUGGCUAAUUGUGGAGUUCCUGCUGAUGGUGGCCUUGGGAGCUCUGGUUUUCAUGCUGAGGGAUACGAAGAUUGUGCAAUUGUUGGGCGGACAGGUGCCCUAUUUUAUCGUCUGCUACAUCUUGAUCUGCAUGGAUUACUGCAAGUGGUAUGUGAUGCACAGCUUCUACCAGAGUUUGCGAACCAUGAACAAACUUCGGGAGAUUGCCACCGUGGCCAUACCCUGUCCAGCUCCAGGAGCCAUACCCUAUCGUUUCCAACGCGAGCAUAUGUAUCUGGGAAGCAAUGGCUACAAGCACAUCCUAACCGAAUCCCCCGAUGGACAGUGUUAAGUGAAUGAAGAGGGAUUUGAUAUUUGCCCAUCAGGUGUCUUGAAUGCAAUUGUACUACAGUUUCUGUAUAGCAAAAUCCGAGUGUGAUAUGGUUGAAGAAGAGAUACUAUUUUAGAUAGCCAAAGGAUGCGGAUCGAGGGGCAUAUUAACACAUAUACCAAACCGUAAACAACUUGUCUACAUCCCAAAAUAAAGAGGAAGCAAGGGCAGUUUCGGCAAUAUCGCUUUGCCGGCAAGUACAUAAACUAUUUUUGUGUAGAACUUAAUCUCCACUUAAUCUCUAGCACCUAAAAACAAGUUUGAAAAAUAGGAAAACGAAUUUUUAAAAAUAAAAAAUACUUCCUAACAAAUGCGCCACAGUCUAGAGCGGUAAAAUUGGAUUUUAAUGCGGCAUCUUGGAAAUGAAAAGCUUGUCUGGUUUAAAUUGGCGUUUAAUCAAUAGCAACGAAGUUAAAAAUUUGUUUUCUGGUGAGACUUAAUGAAAAUAACUAAAUAUGCCUUAAAUUCAGUUAACUAGCUAUAUUUUAAGUACUCUUGUUUUCUAGCAACGAACUACUAAAGUAUGAAUAUCAAAUAAAAGUGCAACAUUGUAACAUAUCUGGUUAAUAUGUCACGCUAAAAAGAGUUUUAAAUAUUUAACAAAUAUUUAACCCUUAUUAAUAAUAAAAAACAAUUUUAUAUUAUUAUUUCUACCUUUAAAAUGUUUCGCUUUAGAAAAAGUAAGAAUAUUAAAUAAAAGUGUAACAUGGUAAAA